UCACGUGACAAGUUGUUACUGCUUCGGCGACAAAGUCUUGUUACCCCUUGGAAAGUUGGAACCCCCGGAUUACUCGUUUGACGGAGAGAAUUAACAUGACAAGUCAACGUUACAAAGAAGUCAACGUUAACAAUAGCAAUGACUAUAACGUUAAUGCGACUAACCUCUUUCCAACUUACGGCGUAUGAAUCAGAUCGAUCGACAUACUAAUAAAAUGAACGGAAGAAAAAAAUCGCCGAACGCACGCUGCUAAAUCCCCACUGUCACGAUCACUCUGGUCUCCCCACGCGGUAGAGAGUCGUUCCUUCAAGUUCAUAGCUCAGGAUGGGUGACUACGUAGUUCUCAUGGGACGUGAAACUACUUUUGCAUGUGCCAGUGACCUGUCGGCUUCGUGCUUCAUUUGCUCACUCGAAGUCACUGCAUCCAUAGCGGCUUUGCUUUUUGACUAUUGUCUUACUUUCGACUCGGAGGUCCGUUGGACAUGGGGGAGAAAAUGGGGGAUCGUAAGGAUAGCCUUUGUGAUCUCUCGCUAUACACCGAUUGCAACCAUUGUUAUGUACCUAUAUUAUAUCCUCGACUCAGGAGGAAUUCGAAAUCCUGGAAUGUACAUUGCUAUAAAUGGCACCCUGAGCACCUGUAAUGCUGCUGCUGCUGACGCUAUGCUCGUGGCUAGGGCACAAGCGUUCUGUCAAUGGGGAGUCAGGACCUUAAUUGCCAUAAUAUUGCUCUGUACCGCCAUAAUAGUCGUUGCGCUAACAAUUAUAUACGUCGUGACAAGUAAACCUGGAGAUGCGUAUGUGUUUGAGGGGGAAGAAUACGUCAGUAUCGCUUAUGGGUUAGGCAUGGUCUAUCAGCUUUUAUUGAUGUCCUUGAUACUGCACAAACGCUUCAAAUUUUACCGACAGAAUACUACACCGUUGGUUACUAAUGUAUAUCGGGAUGGUGUGAUUUAUGUGCUAUGCAUUGCUCUGGCCUCGAUGGUGAAUUGCAUCGGCAUUGCUGUGCUUCCUGUAAAUAAUAUCAUGCUGAGUCAGAGGAGCCCGCAGGCAGUCGUGUAUAGCGUUAUUUCUUCACGCAUACUGUUCAAUCUACGAGAAACAAGCGAAUCGCAGGAUGACGUUGUAAUCAGCUUGGGGAUGGUUUUUUCUCAACCAGUCGGAAUCUCAUCUACAAUGGAUCAUCUAGAGCUAGAGGUUAUUGAGACUGCAUAG